UCAGAGUCAAUAAUGCAAAUUGGAAUGGAACAGGGUUGGUCUCCGGCGAGGCCGACCAACGCCGAUAGCUGCGCCGCCGAGUACCGGGGUUUCGGAGCGGCCACGGCGGCAACAGUCAACGGUCUCUACGGCACGACAAACCGACCUCGUAGUACCUGCAGCUCGCUGAGUGUCAGCCCCGAUCAAGCCAUCCCGUACCCAUAUCCAACAUCAUGUUAUACAUCAGAGACUCACACGGACGACUUGUCUCCGGUCGGUGGGGGUUCGUGGACGACGGGGCAAGACCGUCAAUACGCGCAGCAUCACCCACGGUCUUACCACCCUCAGUACCACCACGGUGGGUUCGGUAAAGCACCGUCUUUCUUGACUGGGUCUACCGCACCAGGCGCCUCACACCCCCAUGCUCAUCAACAGCAAUACAUAACAAGCAACGGCUAUGGAUCUAGCUACGGGUUCCACAACUCACCUUAUCCACUAGAUAUGACAGGUGGUGCAUCAUCUUGCAGCCUGCUUGCAACAUUCACGACCACACCAAGACGUACAAAGCGCCGACCAUACUCCAAGUUUCAAAUCUACGAAUUGGAGAAAGAAUUCCAGGCGAAUAUGUAUCUGACACGGGACAGGAGGUCGAAGCUUUCCCACACCCUCAGCUUGACGGAGAGGCAGAUUAAGAUCUGGUUUCAGAACAGGAGGAUGAAGUUGAAGAAAGUCAACGAGAAGGAGAAGAAGUGUCCGGAUGGUGGGCCCGCUAAAAAGAAGAUGUCGUCUGCUCAGAGCGGUCAAGUUCAGCAACAGCAUUUGGGUAAUCAUGGGCACCAGGGUCAACACAUGAGUCAAGGCCACUCCCAACAUGGUUCACACGUCAUCUCGUUAUCGCAUAGUACUGUGCUGGACCGGUAAAAAAAACUGUUACAUUUUCGGGUGUGCCAAAACAAAAUUACCCAAACUGCUUCAUGCCGUAGUCCGUCGAAAGCCUUCAAAUUGUAGAAAUUAGCUUUGCCAAUUACAUGUAGACACAUCAAGCCAAACUCUGUGGUGUCAUAUGAGAUUAAUAAUUAUUUUCUGCUUUAUAAAUGUGGAACUUUUAAUUUCGUUAUUUUUAGAGAAAAAACGCAUAACGUCCCUAGCAAUAGAUAUUCGUUGGAACAUUAUCAUGUAACCAUGCUUAAGUUGAUUUUCUGUUAUAUAUCAAGUCAAGUAAAACACUCUUAAAGGUAGUGGACACUAUUGGUAAAUGUCAAAGGCUAGUAUUCUCAGUUGAUG